CUACGCCUCCUCUUCCUCCUUUCUUCUUCUUCCCCCUUCUUCUUUUUCUUCUUCCUCCCCUCCCCCUUCUUGCCUCCUCCUCCCAAAGCAGAUCCGCCGCAUCGUUAGGUUAGGUUUCUGGGCAUCAUGAUGUUGUUGACGUCGGCACUGUCGGCCUUGUGGCUGGCCACGGCGGCACACGGUGCUGUGCAGCAAGAUGCAGAGGGCAACGUGAAGAGCAUUGGAGUGAGUUCCGGAAGCUCUGCCUCGCGCCAUUCUGCGCAUGGUACUAACGCUUUCUUCCAACAGCUCAGGACGCAUAGCUUGAACCAGCCAUACCUGGACUCAGACACGCAAAGUCGGUGGUAUGACUUUGGAGGAGACACAAUUAUCCGUACAGACCAGUACAUUCGUCUCACAUCCGACCGGCCGUCGCAGAUGGGCAACCUUUGGUCCAAGGUGCCCUUGACAGCAACCAACUGGGAAAUCGAGGUCGAGUUCAAGAUUUCCGGAAAGAACCAGCUCUACGGCGAUGGGUUUGCCAUGUGGCUCACCAAGGAGCGCGGGCGCGAGGGGCCUGUUUUCGGCAACCAGGACAAGUUCGAGGGUCUCGGCAUCUUCUUCGACACGUACAAGAACAACCGGCCCGGCGUCGUCUUCCCCUACGUCAUGGCCAUGGUGGGCGACGGACGGACCUCCUACGACAAGGACACGGAUGGCAAGAACCAGGAGCUGGCUGGCUGCUCGGCCCGCGGUAUCAGGCACGCCAACGUGCCGACCAAGUUCAAGCUGUCGCACUUUCAGGACAAGUACCUAAAGCUCGAGCUGCAGUACAAGAACGAGGGCGAGUGGCUCCUCUGCUUCGAGACCAACCAGCCGCCCACGAUUCCUCCCGUGGCCUACCUCGGCUUCACGGCCGAGACGGGCGAGCUUAGCGACAACCACGACAUCAUCUCCAUCAACGCCAGGAACCUCUACACUACCGCACCGCCGACCAAGUCCACCCCUGGUAGUGGCAAGGGCAAGAAGGUGACGGAUCAGCAAGCUGAGGGUAGCUGGACCUGGUUCCUGGUGAAGACGCUCUUCUUCUUCUUUGCGGUGGGAGGCGCCUAUGUCGGAUACACGGCGUACAGGACGAAGCAGCAGCGCAGCCAUCGCUUUUAAGGGGUAUGACAUGUGGGGAUCAUGAUGGGAUGGGACGGUGGUGGUGAAUCGCGAUACGCAAUCGAGGAGAAGAGAAAAAAAAGAGGAUGAGGAUUCGCACAUACAGUUUCUGCAUUGGCGCGGGUGGCACGGACGGUCUAUUUUCUUUUUUUUCCUGGUUUUUGGGUGUAUUUCGAGCUUGCCCUUCUACAGAAGA